AUGCUCAGCUCUCAACCUCAGCUUCCGAUCCGGCGCGACCUCUUCUUCUCCAAUUGGAACAUAACGCCGCCGCGAUUUCUCUUCGUCCGGCUUAGACCUCCAUCUUGCUCGGUCGGAGUCCGUCUAACGUUUAUAGAGCGAUGUGUUGUGUUGAUCUGUGCUUCGAUGAUUGUGGCGAUCCAUGCUUUGAUGGUGAGUCCAGGCUUUGAUGAUCGUGAAGAUGAUUCCGGCUUUGAUGAUCGUGAAGAUGAUUCAGGCUUUGACAAUAGCGGUGACUCAGGCUUUGAAGAUGGUGAAGUUGAUUCAGGCUUUGAAGAUGGUGAAGUCGAUUCAGGCUUUGAUGAUGGCGGUGAUUCUUCUGGGAAAUUGAGAGGAUUGCUUUGGAAAAAGAGGCAUAGACCAUGGCAAGUUACAAUACGCCGGUUUGGUCAUGAAGAAGAUAAUGAAGAUGGAAGCAACAAGUAUAUUUUUAGAUGUUGUAAAUGGUGUUGGGUAUUUGGUUAUGAUAUGGUUUUGACAGACUUUCUCCUUUUAAGAUUUAAACCCUUUGCGCUUCUACCAGUAACAUAUGUGAAAUCAUGCUCAACUGAUACAUCUGACUUGAUUGUUCUUACAUUGCCUUUUCCAUGCAUUAGAGAAAUAUCUAUUAUACUAAUGCAAAAAAGCACCCAUAUAAUAUUUGUUUGUCGAACAACAACUGCAAAGGCUCCAACCUUACCAAUGCACUUAACCAGUAAUUCUUUUCCAAACUUGCAAGAUACAUGGCCAGCACAGCAGUAA